AUGAAUAAUCCUCCAAUUUGUUUGCUUGGUAUUUUCUUCUUUCUUCUCUCCCUCUCAACUAAUCUCGCCGCUCCCUUGUUGCACGUCGAUGAUACCAUUAAUGGCUUGUUUGGAAGCGUAUCCGUUAAUAUUGAUGCAUCAACUGUGGCACCGCCACCGAUGGCGAAUGAAAGGAGAAAUCCUAACUUCGAGACCACGUUCCUGGGCACUUGGAAGCUCCUACGUAGUAGCUCAGGGGUGUCGGCGAUGCACAUGGCGAUCACCAAAGAGAACAAGGCCAUCCUAUUUGAUGCCACAAACUACGUCCCCACCCAAAUGCCCUUGCCGGCGGGGAAUUGCCGUCCUAUCCCUAACAACAGCGCUGCCCCGGAGGACUGCUGGGCUCACGCCGUCGAAUACGACUUUGUGAACGAUCUACUUCGUCCGCUCAAAGUUUUGACCAACACUUGGUGUUCGUCGGGAGGAUUCGCGGCGGACGGGACGCUGGUGCAGGCGGGAGGCUUCCGCGACGGCGGCGUCGCGGUCCGGUACCUCGAAACCUGCCCUACUUGUGACUGGGUCGAGUACCCAACCGCUCUCUCCGCUCCCAGAUGGUACGCGACCCAACAAAUCCUACCCGACGGCAGUUUCAUCGUGGUGGGCGGCCGCCGGCAAUUCAGCUACGAGUUCAUCCCCGCCCGCGGUCAGUCCAACCCUUCCAACUACAAACUCCGCUUCCUCGUCGCCACCACCGACGACGUCGAGAACAACCUCUAUCCGUUUCUCCACCUCUCCUCCGACGGCAACCUCUUCAUCUUCGCCAACAACCGCUCCAUCCUCUUCGACCCCCGCUCCAACGCCAUCCUCCGCGAGUUCCCUCCUCUCCCCGGCGGCUCCCGCAACUACCCGGCCUCGGCCGCUUCCGCCCUCCUCCCCAUCCGCCUCCGUGGCUCCUCCGCCGCCGUCCAAGCAGAGGUCAUCAUCUGCGGCGGAGCCGCCCACAACGCCGCCUCCGUCGCAGCCAACCGCCAGAUCUUCCUCCCUGCCAUCGCCACCUGCAGCCGGCUGGUCAUCACCAGGCCCAACGCCGCGUGGCACACGGAGAGCAUGCCCACGUCGCGCGUCAUGGGGGACCUCCUCAUCCUCCCAACCGCCGACCUCCUCCUUCUCAACGGCGCCAAGAGCGGCACCUCCGGAUGGGGCUGGGGCGAGGAGCCCAACCUCGAGCCGCUCAUCUACCGUCCGGCAGUCAAGCGAACCCCUCAACGCAGCCGGUUCCAGCCACUGACGCCGUCGACGAUCUCCAGGAUGUACCAUUCGACCAGCGCGGUGCUUCCGGACGCCACCGUGCUCGUCGCCGGAAGCAACCCGAACCCGUCCUACAACUACACGGCCAAGUACCCGACGGAGUUCCGGGUGGAACGGUUCGAGCCGCCGUACCUCGACCCUGCGCUGGCGGUCCACAGGCCGAAGAUUUCGGAGGGAUCUACUCCGGCGUCGGUGAGUUACCAGCAGGGAUUCUCGGUACAGUUCGAGUUGCAGGGGGGUGAGUCGGGUGUGGAGGCGGCGGACGUGAAGGUGACGAUGUACGCGCAGCCGUUCACGACGCAUGGGUACUCGAUGGGGCAAAGGCUGCUCGUGCUGUGGGUGGCGGAAUUGACGUCGGCUGGAGAGGGGAGGUGGCAGGUGUCGGUCACGGCGCCUUCCUCGGGGGCCGUGGCGCCGCCGGGGUACUACCUGACGUUCGUGGUGUAUCGUGGGGUGCCCAGUGAGGGUGUGUGGAUUCAAGUUGGUGGGGCCGCCGGUGGUAAUUGA